UUAUUAUUAUUUUUUCCUUCUUCCAUCGGGCUACAGUUUCAGUUUCUCGUUGAGAAUCGCAGAGAAAUGGAUUUACAUAGAUGGCUUGGAAUUCUGUAACAGAAGAGAAUUAUAGGGUUUCUUGACUACUGUUCUCAAUUGGUAAAUCUUCGCUGCUCAUCCAGUUUCGCAGUUUUGAUUUGUGGGUUUUAGCUUGUCUACUACUUGGUUUCGACGAUUUGCGGGGCUUUGAAGGGGAAUUCAAGGUUUUCUAAACAAAGUUGGGAAGCAUGCACUCAAAAUCUGACAAUGGAAACCAAAAAGAUCCUGAUGCACAAACCAUUCCCUCAUCAACAGUUGGCACUCAACCUUGGUGGCGUCCAAUUGGGUAUACUGUUGUGCCUCCUGCUGUUUUAGGUGAGAGUGCAUCAAAAUCUGCUUCAGUGGAGCCCCCAAGUGGUGGUGGGGGGAACAAAGCUGGCCAAACACAAGCAAAUGGUGGCCUGGAAAAGGGAACUAAUGUUGGUAAAGAAACACAGAAUGGUGGGUCAACAAAUUCAGGCUCUGAUGGAAACCAUGGACAAGAAAAUCAGUGUAUGCAGCAUCUGACAUCUACAGUACCUCCAACAAUGGGUGAAAGUGCUGUACCACAUACCCAGCUUGAACUCAUUGGUCACUCAAUUGCUUGUGCACCAUAUCCAUAUUCUGAUCCAUAUUAUGGGGGAAUAAUGGCUGCUUAUGGAAAUCAGGCUAUGGCACAUCCUCAUUUACUUGGGAUGCACCACACUAGAAUGCCUUUGCCUCUUGAAAUGACAGAAGAGCCUGUGUAUGUGAACGCAAAGCAGUAUCAUGGAAUUCUGAGGCGAAGACAGUCACGUGCUAAGGCUGAGCUGGAAAAGAAGCUGAUAAAAGUUAGGAAGCCUUAUCUUCAUGAAUCUCGGCACCAACAUGCUAUGAGAAGGGCAAGGGGUUGCGGAGGUCGUUUUCUUAACACAAAGAAGCUUAAUGAAAAUUCUGCUAAUGCCACAACUGAGAAGGGCACAGGUUCCUCUGCAGCUGCCUCUUCACAAUCAGCAAGCUCCUCAGGCUCUGAACCCUUGCCUUCCAACUCUAUCGCAAAUGCAGAUUCCUCCAAUAAUCAGCAAGAAAAUGGGCCCUCAGCUCAGGAUCCUAUGCAGCAACCACAGACGUAUUCCAAUGGCAACAGCUGCUACCAACAUAACCAAGCCUUCCCUUUGUCGAAAUUUCAUUCCAUGUCAGAGGAGAGAGGUGAGGAAGGAGACUGCUCAGGGCAUCCGAGGGGAAACAUCCCAGUGAAUCGGGCCCCAAAUAGGGCCCUCACCAUCCAGUAAGAGCCCCAUGCAUUGGGUUGAAGGGUCUCCAGUGUUGCUUAGUUGGUCCUAUUCAUGCCAUCUCUGUAACUCAGUCUACUGGUGCUCUGCCAUGCAUUAUUGUGUACCUGUCAUGUUUCAGGGAAGAGCUAAUAGAAAGCAACGCUGGAGGUUUGAGGCCCCCAUCUAACCAGGGAGGGAUGGUGUUUCUCAGGCAAUUCAUUCUUGGCUUGCAUUUUUGCUUUUGUCUAGGGGGGGAAAGCAGUGACGAUGUAGGUGGUGGUGGUCUCUGUGACUUCUCUGCCGGCAUACUUGCGUUUUCCCCCUCUAAUCUCAUGUACAAAGAAAGUUACGCAGUAGAAGUAAAUGUGAAGGAUGAAAACAAACUAAGACCUCUCUUUUUUAUUUUUCCUUAUUUUCUAUUUGCCAUGUGAUCUGGAGAUUUCAGACAAUCAAACAUCAUGCAGGUUUGUAAAGGCAUCUUUCUUUAAGAGAGAAACCUUCUCCCUAAUCUCUUUUGUUUUUCUUUAUUGGGUAGUGCUUUUCUAUUGCAUUACAUCUCUCCAAAUAAAUGCUGAACAGUUGCAGGCUUGUCCUUUUCGUA